CCUUGUUCAUACCUAAAUUGAAAAAUAUCUUUCGAGGGUCGGGAACUCUUGAAGUCGCUCUUCUAAACUUUAUAACCAUGGAAGAAUCCUCCGUCAAAGUUCAGGAAUCGCUGGAACUGAACUGUAGAAAAAGCAUUAGCACGAUUUCCGUUGAAGGAUAUGACACUUCGCUUCAUGGAUAUCCUCUCAAGCUCGCGUUGAGAAAGCACUUCGCUUCAUGCGGAAAAAUCGCAAGUAUGUUUGUUCCAAGAGACUUUAAAAGGGGUAUCCUCAAGAGCCCUCUCUUCAUUGAUUUUUGGGGAGAAGGUGCGAGAGACAAGGCAUUGGAACUUAGUGGAAGUGACGUGGGACGAUGGAAUGUAGUCGUUAAGGCUGUACCCCGGCAGGAAGAUUACUAUGAUCCUGCGGGAUUCAACUUCUUCAGGGGAGAACGCGAGUUGGUGGUUAAGGUAUAUGAUUUACCUUCUUCGGUGCGUAAGAUUGAUGUCCAAAUCGGGCUCUGUAAACAUUUCUCUUCGUGUGGAGAGGUCACCUGUGUUACUGUUUUAGUCCACGGAAUCUUUGUUCACCAAAGAAAUACUAUAAUUUCUAUUAUGGGAGAAGGAUGUGUAGAGAAGGCGCAGCAACUAAGUGGACAAUGUAACACAGAUGGAUGGAAUAUUGUAGUUGAUUCUGUUGUCCCGCUAAGUGCCGAUAAAAGAAAGCCUACCGGCUGUGAACAUCCAUCUAUUGUACUUGAGAGGAUUAAGAAAGCUAAGAUGGAGAAGGAGAGGAAGAUGAAGAACAAAACUUCGGAGUAGAAGGCUCUCCUUAAUUAGGAGAAGACGAAGCUCUUUGGUGUUUUUUAAAACGGAUUUUCUGAAGCUUAGCUAGAAGCGUUAGGAAUACAAAUUUUUCUAUCAUGUGAAGAUAUGAUAGUAAGACGAAUAGAGUACAUAUCUAAAUUUUACUCUUUUUCAACCUAAUUAAUUUUACUCUUUUUCAACCUAUUU